ACGUGAUGUUGUUUUGAUGGAGGUGUUUCCGGUCGGUAGUCGGUGAAGAUGAACGCGCCUCCCGCCUUCGAGUCGUUCCUGCUGUUUGAAGGCGAGAAGAAGAUCAGCAUCACCAAGGACACCAAAGUCCCCAACGCCUGUCUGUUCACCCUCAACAAGGAGGACCACACGCUGGGCAACAGCAUACGGGCUCAGCUGUUGAAGGAUCCUCAGGUUCUGUUUGCUGGUUAUAAAGUUCCUCAUCCGCUGGAACACAAGAUCGUCAUCAGAGUGCAGACCACACCUGAUUACAGCCCACAGGUAACACACACACACCUGACUACAGCCCACAGGAAACACACACACACACCUGACUACAGCCCACAG